UGGACUUGGCCACGUUGGAAAGGCGCUGCCAGGAGAAGGGUGGCAUCCAGGUUCUCCACUCGCUUUAAAGCAGAACUGCUGAAUAGAUUACUCAUCUUGGUGCCUCCCCUACUUGUGAGCUUCUGUUUUGUCAAAGGUCUUAGGGGACAGAUCCAAGACACCUGUUCGGGAAACAGCUGCUGCUUCUACAGAUCCCUGGCUACUCGUGUGUGUGUCCCAGACCAUCAUUCUAUUUGAGGUUUGCUGAGAUUCUGUUGGACGUAACUGGGAGGACGUUGCAUUUCUCUUUCCUGCUUGGUGCAAGAGCUUGUUUGAAGGCAACUGGUCUUGGGAACUCCCGUGACUACACCGGAGUCCAGUUUUGGAAUUAGAGUGGUUUGCGGGGUGCCAGGUGUGCUCCCAGGAGCCGCGUGCCUACCAGGCCGUAGGCAGGGUGGUGAUUGGUACCUUCAGGUCUGACCGACUAAUUGAGGCCUAGAGGCCCUCCUCGCUCGCCCUCACGUCGAAGGCAGCAUGGCAGCGGGCGUUGCAGCAUGGCUGCCCUUCGCCAGGGCUGCGGCCAUCGGCUGGAUGCCCGUGGCUUCGGGGCCCAUGCCCGCCCCUCCGAGGCAGGAGAGGAAACGGACCCAAGAUGCCCUCAUCGUGCUGAACGUGAGCGGCACGCGCUUCCAGACGUGGCAGGACACCCUGGAACGGUACCCGGACACGCUGCUGGGCAGUUCGGAGAGGGAUUUCUUUUACCACCCGGAGACCCAGCAAUACUUCUUCGACCGCGACCCUGACAUCUUCAGGCACAUCCUCAACUUCUACCGCACGGGCAAGCUGCACUACCCGCGCCACGAGUGCAUCUCGGCCUACGACGAGGAGCUGGCCUUCUUCGGCCUCAUCCCCGAGAUCAUCGGCGACUGCUGCUACGAGGAGUACAAGGACCGACGGCGGGAGAACGCCGAGCGGCUGCAGGACGACGCCGACACCGACAACACGGGCGAGAGCGCGCUGCCCACCAUGACGGCCCGCCAGCGCGUGUGGCGGGCCUUCGAGAACCCGCACACCAGCACCAUGGCCCUGGUGUUCUACUACGUGACGGGCUUCUUCAUCGCCGUGUCGGUCAUCGCCAACGUGGUGGAAACGGUGCCCUGCGGCUCGAGCCCGGGCCACAUCAAAGAGCUGCCCUGCGGGGAGCGCUAUGCGGUGGCCUUCUUCUGCCUGGACACGGCCUGUGUCAUGAUCUUCACCGUCGAGUACCUGCUCCGCCUGGCCGCAGCGCCCAGUCGCUACCGGUUCGUGCGCAGUGUCAUGAGCAUCAUCGACGUGGUGGCCAUCCUGCCUUACUACAUCGGCUUGGUGAUGACGGACAAUGAGGACGUGAGCGGGGCCUUCGUGACCCUCCGGGUGUUCCGGGUCUUCAGGAUCUUUAAGUUCUCCCGCCACUCUCAAGGCCUGCGCAUCCUGGGAUACACGCUCAAGAGCUGUGCUUCCGAGCUGGGCUUCUUGCUCUUCUCGCUCACCAUGGCCAUCAUCAUUUUUGCCACCGUUAUGUUCUACGCCGAGAAGGGAUCUUCGGCCAGCAAGUUCACCAGCAUCCCUGCUGCCUUCUGGUACACCAUCGUCACCAUGACCACACUAGGGUAUGGUGACAUGGUACCAAAAACCAUAGCAGGGAAGAUCUUUGGUUCCAUCUGUUCAUUGAGUGGGGUCUUGGUGAUUGCACUGCCUGUACCAGUCAUUGUAUCCAACUUCAGUCGGAUCUACCACCAAAACCAACGAGCAGAUAAGCGGAGAGCACAAAAGAAAGCACGACUUGCCAGAAUUAGGGCAGCCAAAAGUGGAAGUGCAAAUGCCUACAUGCAGAGCAAACGAAAUGGCCUACUCAGUAAUCAACUACAGUCUUCUGAGGAUGAGCAGGCCUUUGUUAGCAAAUCAGGCUCCAGCUUUGAAACCCAGCACCACCACCUGCUUCACUGCCUGGAAAAAACCACGAAUCAUGAAUUUGUGGAUGAACAAGUCUUUGAAGAAAGCUGCAUGGAAGUUGCUACUGUUAAUCGCCCUUCAAGCCACAGUCCCUCUCUCUCUUCACAACAAGGAGUCACCAGCACUUGUUGUUCACGACGUCACAAAAAAACUUUCCGCAUCCCAAAUGCCAAUGUAUCAGGAAGCCAUCGAGGCAGUGUUCAGGAACUCAGUACCAUUCAAAUCAGAUGUGUGGAGAGAACCCCACUCUCAAACAGCCGAUCCAGUUUAAAUGCCAAAAUGGAAGAGUGUGUUAAACUAAACUGUGAACAACCUUAUGUGACUACAGCAAUAAUAAGCAUCCCAACACCUCCAGUAACCACCCCCGAAGGAGAUGACAGGCCAGAAUCUCCUGAGUACUCAGGAGGAAAUAUUGUCAGAGUGUCUGCUUUGUAAAACAAUUUGAAUCCUGUCUAAGGAAAUUUCAACUGUAGCUGUGGCAAGAAUCCUAAUGGGGAAGAAAGAAGAAACAGUAAAGCCUUUGCAGAUGAAACUGGCAAAGCAAGAAGGUUGGUAGUGAAACAGUAAUAAAGCUCCCCAGCUGGAGGAUGAAAUAAAACCACCGAAAUGGCAUUUCUAGACAAUUUGACCCAUGUUGUCAGAGGAAUAGUCUGUGGCCCUUUGACUUUGCGUAUGAGCACAAUGAAAUGCCGCCUACUGAUGCUUCUUAUGACCAGAACUCUUUUUUAAUAAAAUAAAUAAUUGAACAUAAUGUUCCAGUUGAAUGCAAAGCAAAAAAUAUGGAAAACAUUUUGAUAAAAAUUUUUCCUGUUAAAACCAUGAACAUUGGUUAUAUGAAGAUUAGUCCGUUAAAAAAUUCUCAUACGAAACAUUUGUAUUGACUGAAGGAAACCAUCAUAAUGCAUGCUAGAAUUCUUUGGAGCAGUGAUCUCACUUUCCUUAUGUUGUCUUCAGAAUAGGCAUGAUAAACUAUACUUGUAGAAAGGGGAAAUUUCUGUGCACUUAAAAGCUGAUUGUUCAUGUUUCAUGGUGGGCUGUGCAAAUAAACUCCUUUUAGAACCGCAGUAUUUCUCAUGGGGAUGCUCAUUAGUAAAUCUAAGUGUUGAGAUAGUUCAGUAUUAAUUCUCAUUUUUACCUUGCACCUAGAUACUGUUACAACUGCAAUAAUUCACUGUACACCUGUUGUAUCAGGAAUCAAGAUUUUUGUUGUUGUUGUAUUUUCCAAAUCUUCAUAGAAACAGUAAGAACAACAUCUACAGAAAAACUUCUAGUGUGGCCAAGUUUUAGAUACCUUUUUAAUCCAAAACUGCUGUGCCAUAAACGUUUUUCAGUAAUAUUCUUUAGUCCUCUGUAUUUCUGUGACAAUGCAUUAUUUGUCCCUGUAUUUCUAUAGCUCCUUUCUAUUGGGUUUGUUGUCAUCAAUCAGAAUAAUGUUUUGUAGUUCCAACUUUCCUACUUUUGUACUCCCCAACAGACUCUCUUGUAAGUAUAUAAUCAGUAUCAAUCCCCUUGUCAAAAUUUAGGGAAAAAGGAGUUGACAUCUGUGAAUUAUCUUUAACCUCUUUGCUAUUUUGGAAAAGCCCAGAAACUGGAUAUAUCACUAUAUGUUUCAUGAAAGGAGUUGGCUGGGACUAAUAUCAAAAGAUCAAUGAUCCCAGAAUCUCACUUGAUGUAUUAUUUAUUUUGCUUUAGAUCUUGAAUACAUUUUGAGAAUAACUCAUGUGAAUUGAAAUGCAGAGAUGAACUGGUGUGCUUUAUGUAGCAAUAUUUGAUGAAAGCACGCUUUCUACACUAUUGGGAAGGCAGCACAAAUUUAUCUCGGAAAGGUUCUGUAUAUUGCAAGAGCAAUUUUCUCACUAAAUCAGGAAGUCAGGAGUUUGAUAAUGCAAAGUUGAUCUCUAUGUACAUUUAAAUGAAAAGUCUCUAUAGCUUUUCACCUUUAAAAUAUAUCAGCAGACAUGUCUGCACGUGACAAUGUAAUAAAGUUUUAUGUCAAAUGAAAGGUUUUGUUCAUUCCAGACCACCAUUGUAAGGAGCAAAGUUGAGCUUCCAUAUAUGGAAAAAGUUAUUAAUAAUUUUCCCUAUACAAUAGAAAUUUUAAAGUACUUACCAUAAUCUACCACACACAAAAGAAUUAAUCCAAUCAUUUCCUGACAAAGCCAGAGGUUUUUGCUUCCUGUUUCUAGGAUAGAUUCUAGAACUGUGCUGAGCACACAGUAGAUCUUAAUAAUAAACUCUGCUAGCUCUUGGGAAGCGCUGGUUUUAUUCAUAGUGUCCUUUUAAACAUUACUAAUCUUCCUGGAGCGUGAAUAUUAACAAUUAUAUUAACACAUGCCUCUUGUCACUUUAUGCUUCUAGAGCAAAUAUAUAGUGAAACUUCUUUGAUGGCAUUUAUUGAAAAACUUUUUAAAGAACAGACCUAGGAAAUCACAGUCAGGAAUGCCUAGGUCUUUUGUUUCCCAGUGAGAAGUUCUAUUUUCAUGUUCUUAAUAUUACAUUUUUUAAAAAAUGCAUUUGAGCAUUUUAUUUGGCAACUCUUGCCUCUUUUACAACUUAUCACUUAUCCAAACUAUUAAUUUCUUUAAACUUUUGGAAAAUUUAAAAAAAAUGGUGUUUAGGUGAUUUAAAAAUAUACUGUGUUGGUGGUGAAUGACUUUUGAUGAAUGUGUUAAGUGCAUCUGUAUUGUAAGUGAAAUGUAAUUAUUUCUGUGUACCAUAUGGAGUAACCAAGGUCAUUGUUUUUGAAAAUUUUGUUUGAAAUUCAUAUAUCUUAUUUCAAAGAAUAGCAUAAUAUCUGCAUUAUGCUGAAAAAAUAGACCUUUGGAAAAUACUUAAAUAAAACAUGUGCAUGCUCAAACAGGACAA